CCCCCUUCCUGUUGCCUUAGUCGCGGCUGUAGUUGCCGCCGCCUCCGGAGCUGACCCGGCACUGGGGACUGCGCCCUACUGGCCCCGUUCGUUUUUUCCUGUUGCCUUCACUGAGGAUGAGUCCCUGCGCGGCUGUGUGCCCACCCCGCGGAGACGACCGGCGUACUUUCAUCUAGCGACUGGUCACCCUUGCAAUUAUGGAUAUUUAAAAGGAUCAGACAGUGUGGAGGGGGGAAUUCCCCUCCUCACUCCCCCUUGGUGCUUGACUCCAGGAAUACUUUAUAUAAAAACUGUGGAAUUUUUUUUUUAAUAAAAGACUUGUACUUGAUAUAAACUUUAUAGAAUUAUUUAUAAGUUUUUGAUUUCAGUGCCAAAACAGAUUGUACAAAGAUAUAUAGUUUUAUAUGAUAGCUGUGAGGAUUUUAAAUUAUAAUCCUAACCGGGUCAUUUAUUCUCUAUAAAUCUUCCUGAAUAGCACCUUUGCUUCCUGGGUUUCUCCCCGGUUUUGUUUUUUUUUUUAAUUAGCCUUUACUAUCCUGAAGAAAUAAGCAAUAGAAAAAACAGUUAGGAUGAAUUCUUGCAUCCCUGACUGCACAUCGAAGUGUCGAUCCCUGAAGCAUGCUUUGGAUAUCCUUUCUGUGGUAACAAAGGGGAGUGAAAACCAGAUUAAGGUCUUUCUCUCCAGUCACUGUUACAAUGCUGCAACUAUCAAGGAUGCCUUUGGCAGAAAUGCCCUUCACCUUGUUUCCUCCUGUGGAAAGAAAGGAGUGUUAGAUUGGCUUAUUGAAAAAGGAGUGGAUCCAUUGGUGAAAGACAAGGAAUCAGGAUGGACAGCUUUGCACAGAAGCAUUUUUUAUGGACAUAUUGAUUGCGUUUGGUCUCUUUUGAAGCAUGGCGUUAGUCUGUAUACUCAAGAUAAAGAAGGCUUGUCAGCUUUGGAUCUUGUAAUGAAGGAUAGACCAAUCCAUGUAGUUUUCAAAACUACUGAUCCUACAGAUGUCUACACUUGGGGAGAUAAUACAAAUUUCACUCUGGGUCAUGGAAGCCAGAAUAGCAAACAUCAUCCCGAGUUGGUUGAUCUAUUUUCCAGAAGUGGGGUUUAUAUAAAGCAGGUGGUGCUUUGUAAAUUUCACUCAGUGUUUCUGUCUCAGAAAGGACAGGUUUAUACCUGUGGUCAUGGGCCUGGAGGCCGUUUAGGCCAUGGAGAUGAACAGACAUGCUUGGUCCCUAGGCUCGUGGAAGGACUGAGUGGCCAUAAUUGUUGCCAAGUAGCAGCUGCUAAGGAUCAUACUGUUGUAUUAACUGAUGAUGGAUGUGUCUAUACAUUUGGUCUAAAUAUUUUUCAUCAGUUAGGAAUUAUUCCUCCACCUUCCAGUUGUAAUGUACCCAGACAGAUUCAGGCAAAAUACCUGAAAGGAAGGAUAAUCACCGGAGUAGCAGCAGGCAGAUUUCAUACAGUACUAUGGACUAAAGAAGCUGUUUACACUAUGGGACUUAAUGGUGGCCAACUGGGUUAUUUGCUAGAUCCCAAUGGAGAAAAGUGUGUAACUGUGCCUCGUCAAGUUUCUGCUCUUCAUCAUAAGGACAUUGCUCUCUCUUUGGUUGCUGCAAGUGAUGGCGCCACCAUCUGUGUUACCACAAGGGGAGAUAUUUACUUACUUGCAGACUAUCAGUGCAAGAAGAUUGCUUCUAAACAACUAAACUUGAAAAAAGUUCUUGUUUCUGGGGGAUGUAUGGAAUACAAAGUUGAUCCUGAACAUUUGAAAGAAAAUGGGGGUCAAAAAAUUUGCAUUCUUGCCAUGGAUGGAGCUGGUAGGGUAUUUUGCUGGAAAUCUGUUAGCACUUCCCUGAAGCAGUGUCGAUGGGCCUAUCCCCGCCAAGUCUUCAUUUCUGAUAUUGCUUUAAAUAGAAAUGAAGUUCUGUUUGUCACACAGGAUGGAGAAGGAUUUAGAGGGAAGUGGUUUGAAGAAAAAAGAAAAAAUUCUGAAAAGAAAGAGAUUUUAUCAAACCUUCAUAAUUCUUCAUCAGAUGUGUCUUGUAUCUCUGAUACAAAUAAUGCGUAUGAAAGAAUUCGACUUGAGAAACUUACUUUUGCCCAUCGAGCUGUUAGUGUCAGCACAGAUCCAAGUGGAUGCAACUUUGCAAUCCUGCAAUCAGACCCUAAAACAAGCCUUUAUGAAAUUCCAGCUGUGUCAUCAUCAUCUUUUUUUGAAGAGUUUGGCAAACUGUUAAAGGAAACAGAUGAAAUGGACAACAUCCAUGAUGUGACAUUUCAAGUUGGCAAUAGAAUUUUUCCUGCACAUAAAUAUAUUUUGGCAAUGCGUUCUGACUUUUUUCAGAAAUUAUUUCUUUCAGAUAAUGCUACUUUAGACUUUACAGAUGUUUACCGGAAAGAUGAAGAUUCUGCAGGAUGCCAUCUCUUUGUAGUAGAAAAGGUUCAUCCUGAUAUGUUUGAAUACCUUUUACAAUUUAUAUACACAGAUACUUGUGACAUUUUAACGCAUGGCUUCAAACCAAGGAUAAACUUGAACAAAAAAUCAGAAGAACAUCAGGGUUCUCCAAAUUCUCAUUUGAAUAAAAUGAAUUACCAUGAAGAAAAUCAGAAGUCAGCUUUUGAAGUUUACAGAAGUAAUCAAGCUAAUAAAAUUAGUGAAAUGCAGAAAAGUAAACUUAAGCCUUCCAAAAAAGGGAAAAAUGUUGGGGAAGAUGAUCCUAUAAGAAUGCUGCAAAAUGUUGCAAAGAAAUUUGGUUUCAAUAAUUUGAGUAGUAGGUUAGAUGGAGUCAGAUUUGAAAAUGAAAAAAUUAAUGUUAUUGCCAAGAAACCUGGUACUAAACCGAAGCUAAAUCAGAAAAAAUGUUCAUUUCUGUGUGAUGUAAACAUGAAAUCAGUGGAUGGGAAGGAAUUUCCUUGUCAUAAGUGUGUUCUUUGUGCAAGACUUGAAUAUUUUCAUAGUAUGCUAAGUAGCUCAUGGAUUGAGGCUUCCAGUUGUGCAUCUCUGGAAAUGCCAAUACAUUCUGACAUAUUAAAAGUUAUUUUGGACUACCUCUAUACUGAUGAAGCUGUGGUGAUAAGAGAAUCUCAGAAUGUGGAUUUUGUAUGUAGCGUUCUUGUGGUUGCUGAUCAGCUUCUCAUAAUUCGAUUAAAGGAGACUUGUGAAGUAGCAUUAACUGAAAAACUUACACUUAAAAAUGCUGCUAUGUUACUGGAAUUUGCAACAAUGUAUAAUGCUGAACAAUUGAAACUGUCUUGUUUACAGUUUAUAGGACUGAAUAUGGCAGCUUUACUUGAAGCAAGGUCUCUUGAUGUCUUGAGUGAUGGCGUUUUAAAAGAUCUUUCUGUGUUUUACCGUAAAAUGAUUCCAGCAAUGGAUAGACGAGUCAUCACACCUUAUCAGGAUGGACCAGAUAUUAGCUAUUUGGAAAUAGACGAUGGAGACAUCUUUUUGAAAGAAGGGAUAAAUACAGAACCAAAUUAUUCGGAGAGUAUGUUCAAGAAGGCAAAAACAAAAGCAAAAAAGAAGCAACGUAAGCGUUCAGAUAGUUCCGGAGGUUAUAACCUUUCAGAUAUUAUUCAGAGUCCACCAUCUACAGGAUUAUUAAAGUCUGAUAAGACCAAUUCUGUGGAAUCUCUUCCAGAACUAUUAACCUCAGAUUCUGAAGGAAGCUAUAUAGGAGUGGGUAGUCCUAGAGAUUUACAAUCUCCUGAUUUCACAACAGGAAUUCAUUCAAAUAAGAUUGAGGGGAAAGUUAAACAAUAUGUGAAUGGCACAUCUCCUACAUAUUCUAAGGAAGAUUUAAAGCCAUGGGAAAAAUCACCAAAACUUAAAAUAUCUGCUCCACAGCCCAUUCCCAGUAACAUCUUUGAUACAACAAACUCUUCCAGUUGGGUUACUAACUCUGUGAGUCCUGUCAGCCCUCCUGUUACGGAUCUCAGAACUAUCAUGCAAAUUGAAGAAAAUAGACAAAAAUGUGGAGCUACACCAAAGACAAAUUUGGGGAAAAUGACUUCUCAUGGAGUUAAACUUUCGCAGAAGCAACGAAAAAUGAUUUCAAUGGUUACCAAAGAAAAUAAUUCAGGAAUGAAUAGCAUGGAAACAGCUUUAACCACUCCUUCAAAACCUCCCAAGCCAGUGAAUGCAUGGACAGCUUCUCUACAUUCAGUUUCACCGAAAUCAUUCCGGGAUUUUUUAGAAGAGAAAAAAUCUAUUACUGAUCACAGUUCAGGAGAUCAUGUCAAAAAAGUUUGUUUUAAAGGAAUAGAACAUUCACAAGCUCCAAAAAUUGCAAGAUGCUCUACUCAUGGUACCUUACAACUAGAUGGCAAUCCUCUCUCAGAUUUGAGACUUCUAGACAGUCCCAAUCCCUGGCUAGCUUCUUCAUGGACUGCGUCUUCUGUAGCCCCUGUCACUUUUGCAUCUAUUGUGGAAGAAGAACUACAACAGGAAGCAGCUCUUAUCAGAAGUCGAGAAAAACCCUUAUCUUUGAUUCAGAUUGAAGAGCAUGCUAUACAAGAUUUAUUGGUAUUCUAUGAGGCAUUCAGCAACCCUGAUGAGUUUGUCAUUGUUGAAAGGACACCACAGGGACCAGUGGCAGUACCUAUGUGGAAUAAGCAUGGAUGUUAACUCACACAUUGAGUUUAUUUUUCAUAACUUGUGAUAGUUAUAUGGAAGAAAGUACUUACAUAUUUGGUAACCUAUUUAGAUAGACUAAGAAAGAAUCUCACUUCUUUACUACAAUUUAAGCACACGUUUGUGUGAUUAAAAAGAAAUUCCUUAGAAUUGUGAUAUUAGUAACUUUAUGUAAGAAUGUGAGAAAUCAAACUUGCAUAGUUUAAAAGGAAAGCAUUAGUGAUGGAUUAAAAAAUAACUUCCAUUGAGAGCUUGGGGUAAAUUUAGGAUAUUUUGCCAAAUGUCUGUUGUCACUUUUUAAAUAAGACAUUGAUGAAUAAAGUAGUGGCAUCAGCCAUUACUUCUGAAUUUAUUAAUGGCCAGAAUUUUGCUUUUGCUACAGUAGUUAUGUUUCUAGUUUUGUUUAAGUAUGAACAACAUACGUGAGUUUGGACAGCACAUUCUGAACAACUUAGCUAAGAUGAUAAUUACUUUUCUAGAAUUUGGAGUCAUUGUGGAUUGUGUUGUGGUAGGGAGGGGAGAUCUUAGAAGAGCCUAUUUGUGCAAGAAUUUAUCACAGCGUUAAAUGCUUACUAGACAAGAAUUAAAUAACAGGAAGAAGGUUUUAUCUUUUAAAAUUGUAUGGGCCUAAGUUAUAUGACUAGAUAAAAAUUCUUUAUAGUAUGUUAUGAUUUUAAAAAAUUUAAACUCAAUGCCAAUGUUAAGCCUGUGUUUCAGUAACUCGACAAAUUGGAAUGUUAACGUUCUAGUUUCUGAGAUAUAAAUCUAGGCGAGUAUAGUACUUAUCCUGCUGAUGAAAAUAUGACUGGAACUCAGUAUUUCAGAUUUAGUUUCACCCAAAAGCAGCAAACGUGCAGUUCAAAAAAUCUUGAUCUAUUUUACUGCUAAUGUGUUAUUGAUAUCUUGUGUUAUAUUGACAUUACUAUUGGAAGAAUUCCUAAUUUAUAUAUUACUUGAGCCAGAAUUUAACUUGAUGCCCUGUCCAUACUUGGCUUAAAAACAAGUUUUCCUAAAAUGCACUUGUGGAGUUUUAUAUGUGUGAGUAAUUUGCAAAGAAAUGAAUUUUGUUUUAUUGAGAUACACAAUAAAGUUGCUUUCUAAUUGA